GCCGCUCUGCGCCUGCGCACUAGGGGCCAAGAUGGCGGCGCCCGGUGGGCUGCAGGAGGAGGCGCUGAAGAGGAAGGAGCGGCUGAAGGCUCUGAGGGAGAGAACCGGGGCGACGGCGGCGGCCAGGCAGAAUAAAGAUGAUGGCGCACCGGAGCUCAAGCAUUUCCGAGGCGACGGUGAAGAGAAAGAUAUGGGAAAGCAUAAGGAGCUCAAGUUGCGGAAUUACACUCCGGAAGACGAAGAGCUCAAGGGGCGGGUGGUGCCCAAAGCGAAGCCCGCCUCAGUGGAAGACAAGGUGAAAGAGCAGCUGGAGGCUGCGAAGCCCGAGCCCAUCAUUGAAGAAGUGGACUUGGCAAAUCUUGCGCCCAGGAAACCUGACUGGGACUUGAAGCGGGACGUGGCUAAGAAACUGGAGAAGCUGGAGAAGCGAACCCAGAGGGCGAUAGCCGAGCUAAUAAGAGAGAGGCUAAGAGGCCAGGAGGAAGAUCUGGCGUCAGCGGUUGACUCAGCAAAGCAGGAGGGAAGCGAUUCGGACUGAGGCGGCCCAUCCGGCAGGCUCUCCUUUGCCCCGGGUGGCCCUUGUUCGAAGCUUCUCUGACUCUGUGCUGGAUGCAGGGCUGUGGAACGAGGGGACGAAACACGCUUGGCACAAAUCGGCAGAAUGCAAGGGCAUGCCUGGUGUUUACGUCUUCUCCAGGCAGGCUUUUGCUUGGGGGCGUUGCUGGCAAGCAAACGAGUGGGGCAGAGGACUUUUCUCAUGCAAAGGAGAACCAGGAAGAGGGCCAAAAGUAUGAGCCUGCAGAAGUGGGUCGCAAUCGCUUACAGAACUGUGUCCCUGUGGAUACCUGCAGUACAACAGACAUAACUGAAGAGGACCCAGGGAAAACCUCACCCAUCCCAAAAAACAUCAUAAUAUGAAAUGCUGCAUUUUAAAUGAAAGAGGAAAUUCUCCCUCGUGGAUUUUCAUAAUACAAAAGCACACGAGUGUUUAGAAAGUCCUCGGUCUCUUUCAGGCAAAUUCCAGUAUGCUUGGCAGACUUCCUUGAAGUGUCCCAGAAAGUCACGUUGGGGAAGAGGCUGACUUGAAUGUAGCUUAUCCAUAUAUCAAAGGGAGUUGGUCUCAGGGAAAGGACCCUGGAUUCUGCCUCUGGCAGCUCGCCUCUGGCAACUAUGGGGCCUGUGGUUAGAACUAGCACAGAUUUUCCAUGUGUUUUAAAGGAUGCUUCAAAAUCCCCAGCCCAGCAGCUGUGAAGUGUGGCGCUGCAGGAGACACCCAGAAAUGCAGCCGAAAGCUCUUUGCAAAGUUUCCAUAGGAAGUCCCCGGCGCAUUUGCCCAUAAUCUUCUCUCGAAGGCAGUUCCCUACCAGUAAUGCCAUGCCUCGACCUUGCGAAAGAACAUAGCUGUCAACUUUUCCCUUUUCUUGCGAGGAAUCCUAUUUGGAAUAAGGGAAUUUCCCUUAAAAAAAGGGAAACGUUGACGGCUAUGCGAAAGAAAGACGAGACCCUCGUGCUCUUGGCUGACACAGGACCCCCUCCUCCCUCCAGCCCUGUGCUUGCCGCAGCCUAAGCGGAGACCCUUGCAGUUUGUGGCACGAGAUGUCGGGUGGAGAAUUUGAGGCUUGGCAAAAGAGCAAGAUCGCUUUGAAAAUCCAACCCAGGAGUCCGCCUUUGCGAGAAUUAUUGGCUGUGAUCGGGGAGUGUGUCGGGUUUUUUUUCAGGGGGAACCAGACCCUUAGGCACUGGGCUGCCUCUCGUGGCCAAGACCCACAGUUUCUGUAAGUGGUUGUGGUUGGAAAGGCCCAGUCCUUCUGUACCCCAGAUCUCUAACCCCUAUAGAUAAGUUCUUCUUGCUGCUAUCUGCUUGCAAAACAUCACCUGAGUGGCAGUCCCACUUUAGCAUAAGUCUGCAAAGCCACGGACUAACCAGUUCUGAGCACAUCCGACGCGGGGCAAGCAAGCGGGCGUCUCCUGGAACAGUUUUGUGGCCAGGCCACUUUGUGGGUUGCUAAAAUAACAACCUCUCUUGCAUUGCAGCCUGGGAUGUUAAUAUUUCAUUUUGCCAUGUUUUCAGAUCUGCCUGUCAGCUCCCAACUUUGAAAAGUCAGUGCCACUCCUUGUGGCCAUCUUCCUGUUCUUUAAUCGAUUCGCCUCCAGUCGUGCAGAGGUUUUU